GAGGACCUCACAGGGGCAGCUAAGAAAGCAGACAGUUUCAUUUAGUUCCAGUCAGCGUGCAGACAUGGAGCUCUGGACAGGAUUAUAUCUUGUGAGCUUCCUCAACAUGGCAUGUUGUUUGCCUGAAUCGUCCUACACUGUUCAUUUGAUCAAAGACUCAUUUGAAAAUGCUCAGAAUUACUGCAAACCUGGAAGUUUCUUGACCAACAUUCCAAAUGAGAAGGAAAUGGACAAGAUUCUAAAAACAAUCUGGGAUAUGAAUAACAAAACCACCACGUCAUUUUGGAUUGGACUGAAGAAGGAUAAAGGCAUCUGUUUUGAGAAGAAUUUGCCUCUUAAAGGAUUCUACUGGACGGUGGACAACAGCACUCAAUCUGAUGCUAAAACCUGGAAAACCCAACCUGAAAGUACUUGCGCAAAUGUUCGCUGUGGGCUGCUUUCAGUGGAAUACAGUGACUCUGGUGCAAAAAGCAAUGGGUUUGUGGAUGCCGGCUGCAAACAGAAAUAUCCUUUCAUUUGCAAACGAAACGUCAAGCUGAUGUGUCCUCGACCAGAAAUACUCGCCACACAUGACAUGAUUGAGCCAUCAAAUGAUCCGUACACACGUCAGAUUGUUUGCCCUUCUGGUGCCAGGUUCAAUCUUACAUGCUCCAAAGAUCUAAUCUGGACUCUAGUCGGCGACAAAAACGUGGAUAUAUCGCAACUCUGCAUGGAGUGCAAAAAAGGCUACAGGAGGGAUGCAUCCGGAAACUGUGUGGAUGUAAACAAAUGUGAUGAAUCCAAACCAUGCCAGCAACCAUGCCUGAACACAGAAGGCUCCUACAAAUGUCUGUGUUCGGACAAUGAAGAUGGCAUUUGUAAUGGAUCGGCAAAUUCAAACAUAAACAGGGGCACAUCUGUGCUAACUCAACCUACAUCUCUGCCUGAUGAUGUCAGAAUGAAUGCGACAGACGUGAAUAUUGACAAAAGCGCUGAAGACAUUUCAAAUAUCAUAGUACCUGUGAUUAUAGCUCUGCUGAUUUUCAUAGUGCUGCUGGUGAUCGUGGCGGCCAUCGUGAAAGGCUGCUUGAGGAGGAGAUCCAUAAAACUGACCCCGAGGAAGGCAGAGGCUGUGGCUCUGAAUGGAUCUAGCUCCAUGGAGAAGGUGAAUGAAAAAGAGGAAAUCUAAGUGGGAGAGACUGUGCAAAUGUAAAAAAUAAUUCAGUGUGACACAUGCAGAUGACAGAGGGUGCUUACUGCAAGAUAUUCCUCUCUCUCAGAACAUUUAGGUGUGAGGUAUGGAGUCACAAGAGUGCUGUGUAAUUACUGCCUUUGAAUCUCAUUUGCCAUUUCGUCUCACAGUUGAAAUCAGGGUCUUUAUUCCGAUGUGGAUUUGGAAAUCUUAUCUAGGUCACAUAGACGGUAAUUAGAUUUAUGAGAAGACUACUUUGUAUUUGUUUACUCUUUUAUAGCUUAUUUUUAAAUGCACCUAUGUGGAGAUGUAAGAACUGUAGAAGAUAUUGUGUUAAUAUUGCAGUUGGAUGUGUUUUCUAAUUAUAUAUUUCUAUGUUUCACAACAUGAAAGUUUUAUACGUGUCUUUUUGACUGAAGAUAUAUAUAAAUGACGGAUGUUUAA